CCCAACUCGAAUUCAAUCAUUGACUAGUUAUUAAUAGUUAUUAAUCAGUUAAUAUAAGUGGGCGUGGCUAGCAAACAAGAUGGCGGAUUUCAACGAGCUGGUUGAGCUGAGAGAGGAGGAGAGAGAGCCCAGUGGACCCGUCUUUAGCUCCAGUGUCUCCUCGGUUCAGUACAGCUUCAGUGUGAAGGACAAGUGUCUCUCAGGUCCGCCCCCUCCUUUCUCAAGAUGGUCUUUCCUGGGAUACCUAGCACAGAAGUUAGGUGGGAAUUUUUCAUACGAGCCUGAGGACAUGUUUACUGAUGAAGGAUGUGCUCUUACUCCAUCAACACAAGAACUCCUUCGGCAAAGGGUCUUUAAUGAUUUAGAUCCUCGUGAAGUUGUUGAUUAUCAUUGUCAUUUAGUCGGACACGGAGACUCUGGCUCUCAGUGCUACAUGCAUCAUUCGUUAAAGUCUUGGUGGAAUCCGCUACGUAGAAUAAAGUCGGCCAUUUUCAUGGGAGCAGCUCAAGUUACAUCAAUGGAGGGUGGUGAUAUACAGUUUAUAAGUCGCCUGCUGAGAUUGGCGAGACAUUUUGUACCAAUCUCCUGUACUAAUAUUAAUGGCAGUGAUCUUGUUGUGGGUGGAGCAGUAGGUGUGGUUUCAGCUGGUAGUAGUGAUGAGAGGUUUGUUCAUGGUAAACUUUGUCUCUUACCUUUUGAUAAAUUUGUUGAUCCACUGACCGGAGAAGAAGAUGAACAAAGAACCACCUUCUCUGUCCCUAAUGAAUAUUCAUUAAUGCUUUCCAGAGAAUAUCCUGACUUGUUCAUUGCGUUUGGUUCAGUAAAUCCUUACCGUUCUGAUGCUAUACAGCGACUUCAACAUCUCUCUGAGCUGGGAGUCAAUGUCAUAAAAUGGCUACCUAAUUCUAUGGGUAUUGAUCCGUCUGACGAAAGAAUUGAACCAUUUUACAACAAAAUGAAAGAACUUAAUAUGAUAUUACUGGUACACUGUGGUGAAGAGCAUUCUGUGAACGCUGCCUACAUCAAUAAUGAAUACGGAAACCCACUUCUAUUGAGGAGGCCUUUGAAUUGUGGAGUGAAGAUAAUCACUGCUCACUGUGCUUCUGAGGGCAGGGGCGUUGAUAUUGACAGAGGUGAUGGUAGCUAUGAGACGUGCUUUGACCUCUGGCUAAGACUGAUGAGGGAGGACAGAUAUAAAGGUCUACUGUAUGGUGAUAUAUCAGCAAUAUGUGCAGUGUUGAGAGUUAGGUACCUGCAUCGCUUGAUACAAGAAACAGAUAUUCAUGAUAGAUUAGUGUAUGGCUCAGAUUAUCCAGUACCGGCCAUCAAUGUAGUGGUACACACCUCGAGACUAGUCAGGUUUGGUUUGAUUACAGAUGAGGAGAAGGGUUCAUUAGAUGAAUUGUAUCAUUAUAAUCCGUUAUUGUUUGACUUAGCUAGCAAGAGGCUAUUGCGUGGUCCCAAUGGUGAACAGUUUCCAGCUGCACUUUUUAAAGCACACCCAAACCUCCCACCAGCUGCUCACCAUUAGACUUUAAGAUCUAUCAAUAUAUUUAAGUUUUCUAUACCCAGUCACAGUGUACUUUUUAAAUAUUUUAGAUUAUAUUAUACCAUAGAAAUUAUUUUUAUAAUAAUUAAAAUUAA